CAGGUUCAGUUUCGAUUAUAUAUGCAAAGCUUAACCUCUCCAUUAUUUCGACAAAACGGACGUAACAUCGUAAUCGCAAGCAAGGACAAAAAAGAAAAUGCAAUGGAUCAGGCGAACGCAAAGAAAGAAUUACAAAAGUUUACAGUUGAUUUUGAAGAUGUAUACAACUUUGAAAGAGUGGUAGUCUACUAUGGCAAGACAAGACUGUCCAGCGCCAACAAUGCUGAAGAAUUUUACUACAAAGCAGAUAAGACAGGUUCCUGUAGCUUUGCUGUCGUUGAUACGUUUGCAGAUAUAAAUCUAGUGAGAACAGAGUAGCGUAUCAUGCAUCAGAAUUCGUAGAAAUGUUCAUGUUCGGUUAAGCAGCCUGGGAGAACACUUGCAUAAACAAGGCGUUGACUUUUUCUAUAUUAUGAUACAAAUAGC